UAUUUCUGCACUCUGAGUGACUUGUAACAGCUGAGUACCUGUCACCUGCACUGUCCCAUGUAGAGGGACACUUGAGGACAUGGCAGGGACAAAACCUACAGGUGUACUUGUUCUUCACAUUGCAUGCCUCUUAUGUUGUGCGACCCUCUGCUUGCCCACAGCAAAAAUAUCAGACUAUGAUGUGGACGGUGGACGGGACCUUGACAUUUUUGACAUCAAUGAAGAGGCAGGGUUGAAUCUUGUAGAGGGGGACAUUGUGCUUGAUGAGAGGCAAACUCGAAAUUCCAUAAUUGGGGAUCAGUACAGGUGGCCAAAGACGAUCCCGUACUACAUGGAAGAUGACUUAGAGAUCAAUGCAAAAGGUGUGAUUCUGAAGGCCUUUGAGCAGUACCGGCUCAAGACCUGCAUCGACUUCAAGCCUUGGAGUGGAGAAGCAAACUACAUUUCCAUCUUUAAAGGGGGCGGCUGUUUCUCCUCUGUGGGAAACCGACGAGUUGGGAAGCAGAGGUUGUCAAUAGGGAGAAACUGUGACCGCAUCGCCACCAUUGAACACGAGUUCCUUCAUGCUCUGGGUUUCUGGCAUGAACAGUCCAGAUCAGACCGCGAUGACUAUGUCAGGAUCAUGUGGGACCACAUCUCAGAGGGUAGAGAACACAACUUUAACACCUACAAUGACACCACCUCCAGCUCUCUGGGUGUGCCCUACGACUAUGGCUCCAUGAUGCACUACAGUAAAAACGCCUUUCGCAACGGCACCGAGCCCACCAUCGUCACCAAGAUCCCUGCUUUCAGUGAUGUCAUUGGCCAGCGUAUGGAGUUCAGUGACAGUGACCUGCUCAAGCUGCACCGCCUCUAUAACUGCACCCAGGGCUCCACAUUCCUGGACUCAUGUGACUUUGAACGUGAGAACAUCUGUGGUAUGAUCCAGGGAGAAGGGGAUAAGGCAGACUGGGAAAGGGUUGCCACAGCUGAAGGAGGGCCCAGCACUGACUACUCCAACAUGGGCAAAUGCACUGGCUCGGGGUAUUUUAUGUACUUCAACUCUAGCUCAGCCAACACUGGGGAUACAGCUCUGCUGGAGAGCCGGCUCCUUUACCCCAAAAGAGGAUACCAGUGUCUGCAGUUCUUCUACUACAACAGCGCUGGGGACACACUGAAGAUCCAUGUCAGAGAAUAUGACAAAGCUAACCCCAACAGAACACUGCGCUUUAUAACCACUAUAAAGGGAUCCCCUCAGGAGCUGUGGCAACUGCACCACGUGAGUCUAGACGUCAAGACGAAAUUCCGCGUUGUCUUUGAAGGGACCAAGGAGACUUCUGGGCCCGUGACAGGGGGGCUGUCACUGGAUGACAUCAACCUUUCUGAGACAACCUGCCCAGAGUUUAUAUGGCGAGUGAAAAACUUCAGCCACGUUAUGGAUAACACUCCAACAAACACGUCUAUCUUCAGCCCCACUUUCACCUCUAAUGAGGGUUACACCUUUCAAAUGGAGCUGUACCCCAACGGUAAGGCAGACUACGCCGGUGAGUUGUCAGCCUACGCUCAUCUGGUGGCUCGUGAAGGGGACACAGGGCAAAAAUGGCCAUGCCCCUGGAAACAGAUGACCAUGAUGCUGAUGGACCAGCACUCACACAUCCAAAAGCGCAUGUCCAACCAGCGUAGUGUCACCACUGACCCCAACAUGAAGGCAACAGGCUCUGACAUGUUUUUCUGGGACGACCCUCGCAAGGUGGGCGUUGAGGUCACACAUACAGAUGGGUCCAAGUACUUCCGAGGGCCAGGCGCUGGCACCCCAGUUUAUCUCACCCACCUCAGAGCCAAGAGCAGGGAUUUUAUAAAGGGAGGAGAUGCCAUCUUUCUCCUCACCAUGGAGGACGUGGCUCAUCUGACAGUGAGCCAGCCUUUGCCCCCAACAACCCAGCCUUUGACCCCCACAACCCAGCCUUUGACCCCCACAACCCAGCCUUUGACCCCCACAACCCAGCCUCCGCCUUCUACAACCCAGCGACCGGCCACCACUACGCCCCCUGAUGUUUGCCUCAAUGUGGAGUGUCAGAACGAGGGCGUCUGUGUCGUGGAUGAGGGCAAGCCUGCUUGCAGGUGUGUGGUGGGCGACGACUGGUGGUACUACGGGGACAGCUGUCAGUACAAGGGCUCCACACAGGAUAAAACCACCCUUGCACUUGCCUCCUCUCUGUCUGUACUGGGAGUGAUGCUGGUGAUUACGGCGGUCAGUGUCGUCUGUGUGAAGAAGAAGUAUAAGAAACGCAGCAGCGCCAACAGUAACAGUGUUGUCAUGGAAAACAUGAAUGCUGGUCAAAGACCAUAGUGGGAGACCAUAACCUUUGUAAUGAUAGCUUCAUGAACAGAAGCAUAAUGCAAAAACAGACUUUAAGUAAAAUAAAUUGGUAUUUGUUUUGUUCAAUUUUUAUAAUAAAUAUUCUUUUGAGCAAGCUUUGGACUUAUAGAUGUAAGGCUAGUGAUUCCAGUGAGCAAAGCAAUCACAUACUGUAGAGAAGUGAUAUUCAACUUACAGCCCAUGGGCCAAAUCUGGCCCGCGAUAGGGUGCAAGGUGGCCUAACGACCAUUUUCUAAUUUACAAUGAAAAUGAAUUAACACUUGAUUUUUUUUUUGUUCUUUGAAUGUAAAUAAGAUGCUAAAGUGCAUUAAAACACAUUGAAAUAGUGUUUUUUUAUUUAAAAAUAAAUAAAAAAAAAAGACCGAUGGAGGAUCUCCCAGACCACCAAUGGAGGCCAAAGCAAAGCCCUGAAGCUGCUGCAACUGGAUCUGCGUCUUGACAAAGAUGAGGACAUCAAAUGUAGAAAGGUUGAAAGCAGGCAAUUAAUUUAUUAUAUAUGCUGAUAAAUAUUAUUGAUGUUUGUUUAUUAACUGCCCCCUGGUCUUCUGUCAUUUUGCAAACGUGGCCCCUGAGCAAAGCAAGUUGAAUAUCCUUGGUGGAGAGCAUACCAUUAUAUGACACUGCCCCCUUCUGGUCAUUUGGUGUAAAACACUGGAAUAAACUAAAAUAAUAUUGUAAAUACA